UUUGAUAAGUUUGAGUUUCGGUAACAAAAAUAAAAAAUAUAAUGCAAAUGUGUUCGGUCGAUUCUAAUAUUCCUCGGAAAAAACUGUAUUAUCAGGAACUCUAGAGAAUGUUUUGUGGCAUGAAUAUAUUUGAUUAAAAAGCUGGGUAGUGAGUAAUGUACCGCCCCUCAUAUCGCUGAAAUGAAACAUUCCGAAAACGGGCUCAGUUCACGCGUAGAGUCUAAGCGAUCAACACGAUUCAAUAGAACUGAGAACCAAAAUACAGAGUCCAAAAUAAUUAACACGGGUAAUUAGAGCUGAAAUUUUGUGGCUCUGACAGCGAUGGCGAUGGAGCUCGAAACACGAUGACAAACGCCAGCUGAAGACGACGCAGUCGGUUUAUUGGCCCCCGAAUCCCGUAGUCUAGAGCCCCAUCGCUGAGGAGUGGUCACCAUGCGACGCCCGAAAAUAUCCCUCAAAAAGUACUUCUACUUCACACUGAUAUGCGCCCUCCUCCUCAUAUUUGGUUUCAAUCUCAAAGAGUACGAAAUAUGGAAGACGCGGAGUCCCCGACCGUCGCAGAUAACCACACAGCAGCAGCAUCACCAGCACUUGCAUCAACUGCAGUCCAUGGACGAGGAGCAUCCACUGGCCACCAGUUCGACACCUUCGCCAGCUGCGGUCACCUUGCUGCCUGAAGUGGCCGCCAAUCUUGUCGAGGAGCCGGAGCAGACUGUUCUGGAGGAGGAGAAUGUCGAGGCGGAUCGGUUGCAGGAGCCGCCGGCGGAAAAGGCCUGGUUCUUCAAGAACGGCGAGUACUAUCCAAAGCCAGCCAGGACCUACAGCAAUCGAAAGGCCAGGAAGCGACAUGCUCCUCGAUUGCUGCCCCAUCAGGAUCCCUAUUCCGAUCGGAUCGUUAACCAGCUGAUGUAUGUGCCGCACAACUACGAGGAGAUCAAGUCGAGCGGAAAGCUGAAGACCAUCCUUCUGUACAAUGGACUGGGUCCUUGGAAUGUGAAGAAGGGUCGCGACGUCUUCCUGAAAGCCAAGUGUCCCGUGGACACCUGCGAACUGACUGCCAAUCGCGAUCUGGCCAGUUCAGCUGACAUGAUCUUGUACAAGGAUCACUACAUCCCCACGGGCAUUCGGCGACCCAGUAACUCCAAGCAGGUCUCCAUGCUCUACUAUCUGGAGUGUCCUUAUCACACACAGAAUGUCAAGGUGCCCGACGCCAUCAAUUGGACAGCCACAUACAGGCGGGACAGCACAAUUGUCGCACCCUAUGAAAAGUGGCAGUACUACGACACAAAGGUGCAGCAGCAGGAGCAGGAUAUAAACUACUCCGUCAACAAGACCAAGAAAGUAGCUUGGUUUGUGUCCAACUGUGGGGCGAGGAAUGGUCGACUCCAGUACGCCCAUGAGCUCCAAAAACAUAUUGAGGUUGACAUCUACGGGGCAUGUGGCAACUUCAAGUGCUCCCGGAGCACGGCGGACAAGUGCUUCGAGAUCCUCGACAACGACUACAAGUUCUACCUGGCGUUCGAGAACUCCAACUGCAAGGACUACAUCACGGAGAAGUUCUUCGUGAAUGCGCUGAACAGAAGGGUUCUGCCCAUCGUGAUGGGCGCCCGUCCGGAGGAUUACGAAGUGAGUGCUCCUCGGCGAUCCUACAUCCAUGUGGACGAGUUCGCCUCGCCGAAGGAGCUGGCCGAGUAUCUGCGCAUCCUGGAUCGCGACGACGAGCUCUACAACUCGUACUUCAAGUGGAAGGGCACCGGGGAGUUCAUCAACACGUACUACUGGUGCCGCGUGUGUGCCACCCUCCACAACGAGGAGCAGCUGAGGAAACCCCGCUGGUACACAGAUCUCAAUGACUGGUGGCGAGGACCGGGAGUCUGCACGACAAGAUCCUGGCGGAACUUCAAGGCGCGCAAGGACGUAAUCAGCGAUUCCAGCGACGACUGAGUCCAAGUUCUCGAUGCGAUACAGAUCGUGGGAUUGGGCAUUACUUAGAUUAGAGAUCAUCAUCAGGCGUCUUCAGUGAGUAACUCGCUUCUGAGUGGUUGUUGCUUAGGUAUCACCAGUCCUUUUUCCACAAGAUGGAUCCAUUUUGCUUAAACAUUUCUGGCUGAAAACUUCAGCUUCAAAAAGAGAGAAUGGAUAAGCCAAUGUGUAUUUAAAUGUGCAAUUUUACUUUAAAAUAUCCCAGUGACUAAAACCAUUAUUUUUAAUUGAUCGAGGUCAACGAAACUCUCUAGUUUAACUUUUUCCCCGAUUUCUCAUCGCGACCAAAAUGUUUUUAGAGAAAAGCAACCUUCGCAGUCCAUGUGUAAAGAACCGCUUCGUUUCUGCCGGAGUUUUACGUAAAUGUGUUUUGUAGUUAGAUAGUAGGUAAACCAAACCUCGGAGCUGCCGGCGCCCGGGAAACUCAAAUCAAACCGAGGAGGCACGAGGUGAGGAGCGUUUGAACACUAGCCCAUAGACUAAAAGAUCCCCGUGCUGAUCGCUGUAACAUAUACAAUACCAGAUGCAUAAGUGAACCUAGAGUACUAGCCUAGUUAUAUAUGGAUAUACAAAUGAUAUGUAUACAUAGUUCGGUAAUUUAUAUAGUUGUUUAAACUAAAAGCAAGUCCAAAAUAGACCAUAAUAAGAUAACGAACGAAAGGCAAGUUAAAGUAGUUUGACAUUAUGUAUAGUAUAGCUUCGGUGCAGUUAAAGGAUGCAUUAGCUAUAUUGCAUAGAUUUUUUGUAAGUGUUUUUGUGAGCUAACCGCAACUGAUUUCAAUUCACAAUUUGGUUUUCGGUUUUAGACCUUAUCAAGCCGGGCUUUUAGUUGAAAUGUAAGCCGUAGAGAGCUACUUAAAAAGGUUUCCCAGCCUGUUGACUAACUAAUUACUCUAUACCCGAUUCGCACAAGCUAACAUAUAUAUAAUAUAUCUCAAUACAAGUACAAUUUACAUUCCUAUUUUUCAAAAAAAUAUCAUAUGGCGUUUAAUUUCAAUUCAAACAGUGCAUAUGAGUGUUUUUUACAGUUUUUAGCAAUAUUUAUAU